CACACUGCCAUCUCCCAGCUCGAGCGGAGCGCGGCAAUUUAAUGACGACAUAAUCUGAUGAAGUAGCAACAAAUCGAGAGGAAAAGUGGAUCUUCAUGCGCACAUUCCCUGGAAUAUUCCAGCUGGCUUCAGGAUGAAGACACCGAUGCGUCAUGGAGUAGCCGUGUUUCUCGCGAUCACCAUGUGCACCAGUCUGUUGUUCGUGUACAGCGUCAGCUACAAUAAUAAUACUACAGCAUCCAGCCCGUCUAAGGGCGCGUCAGGUGAGAAAGUGGAGCCCACCAGUGCGCCCCGCGCGCCUCCAGCACUGCAGGGAUACAGCAGCAUCAUUGAGCACAAGCCUCUGAAGAUGCACUGCAGGAGCUGCGCGCUGGUCACCAGCUCGGGUCAUCUUACCAGUGGGGGUCGUGGAAAAGAGAUCGAUCAGGCGGAGUGUGUCAUCCGAAUGAAUGACGCGCCCACGGCCCAUGGCUACGGGGUUGACGUGGGUCACCGCACGAGCCUGAGGGUCAUCGCUCAUUCCAGCAUGCAGAGAGUGCUGCGCAGCCGCCAUGAACUCCUGAACUCCAGUCAGGACACGGUCUUCAUCUUCUGGGGACCCAGCAGUUACAUGCGACGUGAUGGGAAGGGGCUGGUUUAUAACAAUCUGCGGCUUAUGAACCAAGUGCUGCCCAAACUCAAGGUCUAUAUCAUCUCCUGGCAGAAAAUGCUCCAGUUUGAUGAACUAUUCAAGAGAGAGACUGGCAAAGACAGGAGAAUCUCUAACUCGUGGUUAAGCACAGGCUGGUUCACAAUGACUAUUGCCUUAGAGCUCUGUGACAGAAUCAAUGUGUAUGGCAUGGUUCCUCCGGAUUUCUGUAGGGAGUCUCAGCACCCCUCUGUCCCAUAUCACUACUACGAACCAAUGGGCCCGGAUGAAUGUGCCAUGUACAUCUCCCACGAGCGAGGCCGGCGAGGCAGUCACCAUCGCUUCAUCACAGAGAAGCGGGUCUUUGCCAGCUGGGCUCGGAUGUUCAACAUUCAUUUCUACCAGCCGGACUGGAGUCCGCCACCGUUACCGGGAAAUAACACGGCAACCACAGCCUUUCCCCGAUCGCAGAAGACGUGACUCUCACCAGAGCCUUCAGAGAUCUCCAGCUGCCUCAGACGGAUCACUGGCUAAUUCCUGUUGCCGUGUGGAUGGAGCUUUAAGUGUUGGAUUGACUGAGAGAGAGACUGAUGCAAGGAGAACUGAUGCUUAAACCUUUCUUUUCUUUUGCACAUUCUUUGUUUCUUUAGGUACAAAAUGCAUUCCAGUAGUCUGUACACAUCCAUAUCCGGAUCAAAGAGCUCUAGAGUGUAUACGAUCUGCCUGCAAAAUGUGUACUAAAGACAAUGUAAAACAGCAUUUGCAAGUCAUUUUACUUUGAUAAUAUGAAAUAUUAUUUAAUGAAACAUGAUAGUCAAUGACAGAACAGAAUGAUGGCACUUGAUUUUAUUCAACUUUGUGAAAAACAGUCUCAAUUUACUGUGUGAGGUGAUUAGAAGACAUUAGCAGAACAAGAAAAUGUCUUUUUUGGAUUCAAUUUUAUGAAAGCUUAUGAAGUUCGCAGUGAGGCCUGAAAUGUGCACUAAGAAAGUAAAACAAUGCCAAUUUUUGGAUUCGUGUUGACUUAACCCAACACUGUCCAGUGUAUUAAUGACGUUUACACUCUAAAAAUUAAAGGUUACUUUAUUGGCAUUGAUGGCUUCAUGAAAAAAGUUUGACAUCCAUGGAAACUUUUUAACUGUAACAAACCUCUUUUACAGUGGAAAACAAUCUUUAGAUUAUUCAAAUAUAAAGAAAAUAAUGGUUAUUUUAAGAUCUUUCUGUUCACAGAAAGGUUCACAGUAAAAAAUUAGGUUACACUUUAUUUCGAUAGUCCACUUUAGACAUUCUACUGACUAUAAGUAAUUUUGUAACCUACAUGUCAACUACAUAUCAACUAAAUAUCAGAAAUUUGCAACUACAUGUCUACAAACUCUCAGAGUCGACUGUUGGGGUAGGUUUAGGGUUAGUGUUAGGGGUAGGUUUAGGCUUAGUAUAAGUUGACAAUAAGUUGACAAAGAAAGUGUUAGAAGAUAUUAAGCAGACAGUCUACUAAUACUCUACUAACUGCUAGUUGACAUGUAGUUGCAAAGUUACUUACUGCUAGUAGAAUGUAUAGAGUGGACUAUCAAAAUAAAGUGUUACCAAAAAUUAUAUGGUCAGUCAGUCAUGGCAAUUUAUGUUUUUACAUUAAGUUGAAAAAAAAGUUAUAUGAAAUGUAACUUUAUUUAAUUUAAUUCAAGUUGAUUAUACUUAGUUCAGUUCAUGACUUUCUUAAGUUUUAAUUUGAAAUGUGUUUUUUUUGUGUGUGUGUGUAUUUUUUAACAAAACAUUUUAGCAUUGCUGUGAAGACUCCCUUUUGAAAUUUUUAGGCAUGCAUAAUAUUUGAACAUUUUUUAAAACAUUAUACUGAAAUGUAUAACAGGUGAAUUUCAAAGUACAGUUUUUUUUACUUUAAUUAUUUUCCUAUUUUAUUAUCCCAACUGACACUGGAUUUGUAUUUAUUUAUUUAUUUAUUUAUUGCGGUGUUUGUUUUAUGCUUAUGCUCUCAUUAUUCUUUCUCAAGAUAAUUUAAAUUUUCCAAACUCAUUGUACAGCUGAAAGUGUGAUUGUGAGACUGAUUUAAAAUGAUUUAAC